AUGCUCGGCAGCGGAUGCAGCAGAAUGGUGCGAGCAGCUCCAACGGCUCCGAAGGCGGCGGUGGUGGGGAGCGGCAGUCUCCGUCCCGCAGCCCCCUGCUGCCGGCGGCGGCGACGACUCGGGUGAGACGCUUCAUCCAGGAGCGGCGAACGCUGCCGCUGCCCAAAGUUAUGGUGGUGUUUUCGGCCGCGGGCGACGCCGAUAAGUCCAGCGAUGCCAUGGCCGCCGCUGCCGCCGACGACGACUCACAGAAGCCGGUGGCGACCGGCGUCAACCGGGGCAAGCCUUCCCGCUGCCCGCUGAACGCCGGGCAGGAGCAGGAGUUUCCCGAGGUGAUCUCUCUGAAUGUGGGGGGCUCCCACUUCACCACCCGCCUGUCCACGCUGCGCCGCUACGAGGACACCAUGCUGUCUGCCAUGUUCAGCGGGCGCCACCACAUCCCGCGCGACGCAGACGGCCGCUUCUUCAUCGACCGGGACGGUGCCUACUUUGGGGACAUCCUGAACUUCUUGCGCGAGGGCGAGCUGCCCCACCGUGAGCGAGUGAGGGCGGUGCACCGCGAGGCGCAGUACUACUCCAUCGCACCCCUGCUGGAGCGCCUGGAGGACACGCAGCCGCUCACCGGAGAGAAAGUGCGACAGGCCUUCCUCGACCUGCUGCCCUACUACAAAGACAAUCUGGAGCGCAUCGUGGAGAUCGCCAAGCUGCGCGCCACGCAGAAGAAGGCGCGCUUCGCCAAGCUGAAGGUGUGCGUGUACAAGGAGGAGAUGCCCAUCACGCCGUACGAGCGCCCGCUCUUCAACUCGCUGCGCUUCGAGCGCGCCGACGGCAGCGGCGGCGGCGAGGCCAAGCUCUUCGAGCACCACUGCGAGGUGGACGUCUCGUUCGGGCCGUGGGAGGCGGUGGCCGACGUCUACGACCUGCUGCACUGCAUCGUGGGCGACCUGUCCGAGCGCGGCAUCUCGGCCGAGCAGCAGUGCAUCGGCGUGUGCGACAAGCACCUCAUCAACCACUACUACUGCAAGAGGCCCAUCUACGAGUUCAAGAUCACGUGGUGGUGAAGGCGGACUUUGAAGUGGACUUCAACGCGGCGCACUUUGGAGUUUUGUAUCCAAAUUGCCUCUUUUGUUGUGUGCUUUUUCACUAACGGCAACUUACAUUUCAGAGCACGUAAUUGGAGUAGAAUGGAACUUCAAAGCCAAAUAAUGCCGGACUUAAAACUUUUCGUUGACAUUAAUGCGAUAUUCACUGAGAUCAGGGUACACACAUACUGAUAAUCGGGCCCAGCAUUUCAGCAUUGAGUAUUUCCCCACUCUUCUGAUCAAAGUCAGCAAAGGUGAGAAUGUCGGAUGGGUCUGAAAGAUUAUCCUGAGGGAUGGUGUAGGGUGUGUUGAGAGAGAAUGUUUUUCCCCACCCUGACAAUCAAAGGCAGAAAAGGCCCAAUUGUCAGCUGUCACUAAAAGAUUAUCCUUAGCAGUGGCUCACUUGCAUGAGACCAGACCGCCCCCUCAAAACAGGCUAAUUUCAGCGAGAUUACAAAAACAAGUGUACCGUAAUGCCUUGAUUCUUAGGGCACUUUAAAGCGUGAUUUGGGAUUAGUUUUAAAUUGUGCAAAAAGAAAAUGCAUACGUCUCCUAAAACUAAAUCUGCUUAGGUAUGUCCAUGGCUACAUUUUCCCAUAUAUAUAUAUAUAUAUAUAUAUAUAAAUAUUUAAAAAAAAAAUUUAAAAAUUCACCAUUUCUGGACUUGAUGAAUUGAAAUUUCAGCACUGCCCCCUGAGAAGGUUUCCGGUGGUACUGCUACAAUUAGUCCAUUACUAAUCUUCCAAUAGAGGGAAAUACAACGUGGGCAAUACUCCCCCAUUCCUGGAGUAAGUAUGUAUGGCCAUUUGAAUACGGUACAUAUUUAAUUGUGCAACAAUUUAUUCUGUUCUACAUGAUUUUCAAUGUGAUCGGACGUGGUCACUCGGAAUGUUCUAAACUCCUGUUUCCGCACCAGCUCCGUAUGCAUAUAACUCAAUUUCCCAUCAUGAACUUCUUUAAACAGCAAACUUGCCUCAAAUGAUUCCAGAUACGAUUAAUCAACCAUGGAUUUAACAUUGACGAUGAAUGAGCGGAUCGUGAUGCCAUCCCUGCUACUACAACUUCACUCUUCUUAUUUAAAGUAUUCCUCUCUGCAUUCCACUCUUUUUUUAAAUUUAUAAUAUCGUACAUGCAAAAGUUGUGAAGUAGGGCUAAUGCUAAGCUAACAGGGCCUUCAGCGUCCUCGUACUUGAUGACGUCUGAGCACCUUGUGAUUGUAGCCGAGAUCGACGUCGUAUAUCUUUUGUACCUCAAUGCUAUGAAGUAUUAAUGUUCACUUUUUUUUUUUUUAUUGUCGUGGUCAUAGCAAUACUUGUGUUCUUCAUUAUACUGUAUCACCUUAUUACCUAAAAUAUCUGUUGGCUUCUAGGAAGCUGUAGUCCUCAAGUUUUUUUGUUUUUUUUGUUGCUUUGUAUUGUACUAUUUUAUGACUGACACAAAUUAUACUAAAAUAUAUAUAAGAAUCACU